CCCGCCACCUGGAGGCAAACGCCGGGACCCAAGCUCCGGGCGGAAGAACUGGCAGGACGGAAACGCCCUGGGGGCGGGGCGGAGACUUGCAUAAGCCACACCCAAGCCCUUCCUUCCAGACCCCGCCCCGUCCGAGGUCCCCGUUUCCGGCCGACCCGGAUGCAGAUUUCCCGGACGGAAGGGCUCUUUUCCCGGUGCGGGUUUCAGCGUUUCUAGUUGCAGCUGGCACGUUGAUGGUCUGGGUGUUGCGGCCUCCACACCCGGAGUCCGGGCCCUCGCUAACUUGACAGUCCCCGCACCCGCCAGCCCCGCCCGCGGGGAGCCCGGCCUGGUCGGGAGACGUUGUGCUGCUGCACUGGAUCCGCGUCUGUUUCCGAUCUGAAUCAAAGCUCUGUCCUCUCCACUGGGUGACUCAUAGGAAAACAAGAGGAUACAGUACCCAGAAUCCAGCUGUCACCUCCCCAGAAAUUUAAACACUUCUCCAGUUCCUCAGACCCCUCAACUUACCCCAGAAGGCAAAAGAUUCAAUUUCUUCAUCAUAGUACAUGUAUACAACGGGCAGAGAGCAAAGCUUGGUCAUCACCUUGGCAUUGCCUAUCUGUGUGAUGCUGAAGACAUUCUCAUCUCUGUGCAUUACAGAAGAGAUUCAGAUUUCCAGAGUCGGUAAGCUUUGGAAGAUGCUAGUGGAGCAUUCUGCACUAUGGAGACUUGUACGUGACACCUUACAGCGGGAGCAGAAUGAGUGCCACUGAUCUCUCCAAAUGGACUUUGCCUGCUUAGUGCUUGGACUGCCAGUGAGCGAGGACCCAGAGAAAGACACCUGCACCUGGGUUAUUGACAAUGCAGCCACUGGAAUCAGUGACAUUUGAAGAUGUAGCUGUAGACUUCACCCAGGAAGAGUGGGCCCUACUGGAUGCAUCCCAGCGAAAGCUGUUCAGAGAUGUGAUGCUGGAAAACAUACGUCAUCUGGUCUCCCUGGGGUACCAACAUUGCCAGUCAGAUGUGAUUUUCCAGCUGGAGCAGGGAGAAGAGCUGUGGGCUGAAGGAAGCGGAUCUCUCCAAAGCCAGGGUCCAGGUGGGGAAAGUGCCCUUAAAGAACAAGACAUGAUAGCCCCACAGCGUAUCAGCAGCAAGGACACAUCUACGGUCACGCCAGAGAAGUCUCCUUCGCCAGAGGAUCCCUUUGAAUGCAGUGACUUGGAAGAAGAUUUCACUCGCAGCUUCAUGGUGACUCGGCGUCUGUUGACUCCCACAGAAAAGACCCCCUGUGUCAGUAAACAGCGUCAACAAUCCGCUAGUGAGUCGUACCUUAAUCAACACAAGCACCUUCACACUAGAGGUAGAUCAUGUGAGUGCCAUCUGUGUGGGAAAGCCUUUAGCAAUUGCUCCAGCCUGAGGAGACACGAGAUGACGCACACCGGAGAGAAGCCCUACGAAUGCCGUCUCUGUGGGAAUGCCUUCAUUCAAAGCUCUGACCUUAGAAAACACAAUCUGACUCACACUGGAGAGAAACCGUACGAGUGUCACCUGUGUGGGAAAGCCUUCAGCCAGUCCUCCAACCUCAGACAGCACGAGAGAACGCACACGGGGGAGCAACCGUACGAAUGCCACCUCUGUGGGAAAGCCUUCAGUAAAUGCUCUGCCCUCAGACGGCACGAGAGAACGCACACUGGGGAGAAACCGUACGAGUGCCACCUCUGUGGGAAAGCCUUCAGUCAGUGUUCCGCCCUGAGACGACACGAGGGCACCCACAACGGAGAGAAAAUUAGGAAUGCCUUCGGCAAAUGUCCUGACCUCACAUGACCCGCGUGGCACGACUGUCACGAAGGCGGGCGCCACGUCCACCACAGCGGUUAACACUGAAACGCGCCACAGGACUCGCACGUCGUUCGGUCUCAUUCGUCGGACUCACGCAAACUUCUCUGGGAGAAAUCCGCCGUGUGCCGUCCACGCGGCAAGACCUUCGGUCAGUGCUCCGACCGCAGGCGACACGAGCGCACUCACCCUGUAAAUGCGAGGAAGGGACAGGUUUGCGGCCACGGCUCUUGGCCUCGGCACCUCCGCACGGGAGAAGCCCGAGGUCGGUAAUCACCGUGCACGCCGCUCAGCGGGCACCGGGCCUGCGCCCAAGAAAGCUCAGUGAGGUCUGAGUAGACGCUCGCCCCAGAUGGAAGAGGAGGAACGCUCUUAAGGAACACCAGAAGUCACACCGCGGUGAAGACUCACGGGAACCCUUUGGCUCACAGAGAAGCCCCGUGGUGCGUGUGAGGACACAGACCCUACAGAGCAGUGUCACCAGCAGAGGAGAAUCCAGUGGUCACUCCCUUCUUAGCCAACGUUAAAGUUCUUACCCUGAGGAGACAUCAGUCGUGAAACCAAAGCGGAGGUAACUUCAGCUAGAUUUCACAUCAGAAAACUAAGUCGGGGGACAAAAACCUCUAAAAGAGCCUUUUGACGUAGAAUUUAGCAAAUAGUUCAGGAUUUUGAGAAAAUAUUCAUGGGGAAAAUGUGGCAUGUAAUUGCAAAAUAGUAAGGUGAUCCGGGAAUACUGAAUGCAGAAGUUUGUAAGAAAUUAAAUUUUUCAAUAGAUUAUUACUUGUAAAUAUUUAAACAAUAAACCCUGUUGCUGAAAAA